CUUUGCGGCCGGAAAAUGCCCCUGCUGCCGUCGCUGGAAAAUUCUGCCGGUAAGGGCCUUGUCAUUAGCCUCCAUCCUUUUGAAUUCCGAGAAUAUUAUGGUCACUGCAUGUUGGUUUCAGUUAUCGUGAUUGGAAUUCGUCGCCGCUGCCGCUUGAGGUGGCUGCCGGGCUGCCGCCAAACCGGUUCGGAGACCGCCGUUGCUUUGGUUCAGCCGUUUCUUUUUUGGUUCGGUAAGCAUUUUCGGUUUGAAAGUCUUUUGGUUACUAUUCUGUUAUCUCACGCUGAGGUUUGUGGCGUUAAUUGCUAUACGAUUGAGUUUCGGUUGUUGUAUGUUGCGAUUAGAGUGUUGAGACUGUUGCGAAAGUGGCUUGGAACUGAGGUUUUGGCUGCCGGGAUUUUGAUUGUUGAUCUCGGGUCGAUGCAAAAAGGAUUAUGUGACGCGUUUGGGUUAUGGAAUUUACGUUUUGAGGAUAUGGGCGCAGAAGUUACGAAGAGCUUAUUAUUUUGUUGUUAUGAUACUCUGUAUUAUUUUAGUUAUGGCUUAUUGUACCCUCGCCUUUAUCUUGAUAUAAUCUGUAAGAGGGAUAGGAAUUGUAUUGAUUAUUUCUUGUAAUAUUAUUUAUAUAUAUAUGUAUGUAUAUAUAUGGAUGUACUCUU